AUGCAAAUCAAAGACAAAGUGGUAUUAGUAUACGGUGGUACCUCAGGAAUCGGCAAAGAGCUUGUUUGUAAAUUAUUGAAAUUAGGAGCCUAUGUUGUAUUUACUGGAAGAAACCAAAAAAAUGGCGACGAUUUGAAAGAGGAACUUAUUAAAGAGAUAAGCAGUAAAGAUGAGGAAUCCGAUGAUUCAAGAGUCCUUUACCAUAAAUGUGACAUAACCGACUGGCCAUCUCACAUAUUGAUUUAUUCAGAAGUCAAAGAGAAACUAGGAAAAUCAAUUGAUAUCGUAAUUGUUGUGGCUGGUAUGAUGGACAGCUCAAGUAUCAUUGAUGAUUCUGAACAAGAUGGGAUAUAUCGCACUAUUGAGGUUAAUCUGACAGGCGCUGCAAAAGCAAAUCGAGUGGCAAUUCAACAUUUCCUAAAGGAGAAGAAGGCAGGGUGCGUGAUCAAUACCUCGUCGAUCUUUGGUCUCUGUGCUGCCCCACUUGGCCCGCUUUAUGCAGCAUCCAAGCAUGGUAUUAUUGGACUCACCAAAAGCUACGGAAAUCUAUUCAGAUCCACUGAUAUCAGAGUAAACUGUGUCGCACCUCAUUUUGUUGAGACACCUAUGCUAGCCUAUGGAUCAAAGACAGUUGUUGAUAAAUUCGGAACGAUCACAAUGGAUAAUUGUAUAGACGCGUAUCUACGCCUGAUUGAAGAUGAUACUUUGAAUGGAGAUAUCUUGACCAUAUCUACCGAAAAGUCUUAUGUUGAGAAACGUUAUGGAGAUGAAAUUCAGGAGAGACUUGACAGAGUGUGCAAAAAGCGCAGAGAAGGAGAGUUAGAUAAAAUCCGCGACAAGUUUGGCUAUCCAAAUUAA